UAUGGAUUUGUAUUCUGUAUUCACCACAGGCCAUCUGUUUCUGAACCACGAUCCCGCCCUGGAGCCGCCGGGUCUCCGUGGAAGUUUUGGCGUCAAGAAGGAAGUAGCGGGGCUCCAUGAGAACUGGCUCAAGUGGUCAUCGGCAAACAUUCACCUGCUAGACGGCAGCGAACCUUUGCCCAUACUUACGGCAAUUCGGCACGAACGACCAUGGAGGGACUGGGUGGACAAAGAACAUCCCUUUAAGAAUGAAGAUCCAGAAACCAAGGAGCAUCAGGACGCGCAGGACGCCUGGUUCAACUGGUUUGAAAUCUCGCCGAUCGAGGUUGGAUGCGACGAGUUGGAGGCUUGGUGUCCGACGUGGGCCUUUGGCAGACCGUUCGAAAAGGGCCAGGAUACUAUGCAGCUUCCUGAACAAUCUCUGGCCUUGCUACUGGGCUUGUGUACCAGUGCGCCAGCGGGACCCUUGACCUCUUACCUUGCGACCAUCAAACGCAGUCUGCCCGCAGGGUUUAUCGGUAAUUCCAUCAAUGACAUGGCCAAGGGCAUCGCACGGAUGUGGGGACCAAAGGGAAAAGAAGAGUUCCAAGCUCAUCACCCUCUCCAUGCCGUCAAUGAGCACAACUACAUGUUCCACUUGACCCGAGGCGAGAACCAGGACAAGCCGUCACCACCGAUUGAGAACUCGCCCCGGAUCCACCUGAUCGAUUCGGGGAUGGACAACAACUGUCCGACCUAUGUCAUGCUGCACCCUGGCCGGCAAGUUGAUGUGAUUCUCAACAUGGACGCCUCGAGCGACGUGCUGAAAGGCAGUUUCCAGGAGCGGGUGGACCAGAUUGCCAGCCGACGGUGUCUGAAGUUUACCAAGCGACACCCUGACGUGGAGGCUGGCCCUGACCCCAAAGACCCCGACCGCUUCAAGGGCUUGUAUGCACAGAUCUACGACGGCAGCAUCCUCGACGAGCGGCCGAAGCAAGUGGUUGACUCUUACGGGCACACCGUGACCAAUCCUCCAGCACCUCCGUGCCUCCACGAGUCGACCAUGAUCUAUCUCCCAUUGUUGCCGAAUCAGGGAGCAGUUGCGGAUUUUGAUCCCUCAACCGCAAAGUUCUCCGGGUCGUACAACCUCGUGUGGACGGGAGAGCAGGUGGAGAUGCUUGUCAAGGUGUGCUGUGCUAACUACGAGGCCGGCGAAGACGCGAUCAAGACGGUGUUGAAGGAGCAGUGGCAGAAGAAGAAGGCGAAGAGAGAAGCAGUUGGCGAUGCAUCUUCUUCUCAUCCUCCGGGUGGUCGUGGUGGUCCUGCUGGAGUGCCUGCCUAGUGCUCGUCAGCUGUCUUCCGUCUUUCUGUACAACCUCUUGAGUGUUUUAGACCAAUGCAUAAUUUCUUCG